AUGUCGCAGUCCCAUGCUCUUUCCGACGACCAGGUGGCGGGUGAGCUCCGCAAGAUGACGGCCUUCAUCCGCCAGGAAGCCCUGGAGAAGGCCCGCGAGAUCCAACUCAAAGCCGACGAGGAGUUCGCCAUCGAAAAGUCCAAGCUCGUCCGCCAGGAAACCGCCGCCAUCGAUACCCUGUACGAGAAGAAGUUCAAGCAGGCCGCCAUGUCCCAACAGAUCACCCGCUCCACCCUCGCCAACCGCACCCGUCUCCGCGUCCUCUCCUCUCGGCAGGAGCUUCUCGAUGACCUGUUCCAGCAGGCUCGGGACAAGAUCUCCGGGAUCGCGGGCAAGGACGCCAAGAAGUACCAAUCGGUGCUGAAGGGGCUCAUCCUGGAAGGACUGUACGCCCUGAACGAGGACAAGGUCGCGAUUCGUGCCCGGAAGACGGACUAUGACGCGGUGAAGAAGGCCAUCAGUGAGGCUGAGAAGGAGUUCAAAGAAACGGUUGGCAAGGAUACGUCCGCAGAAUUGGACGAGGCGGAACCGCUGCCAGAGGGCUCCGCUGGUGGUAUUGUCAUCCUCGGUGGUCAGGGCAAAAUCGAGAUCAACAACACUUUCGAAGAACGUCUGCGGUUGCUGGAGAUCGAUGCUCUUCCUGCCGUCCGGGAGACGCUAUUCGGGAAGAACACUAACCGGAGAUUCUAUGAUUAG